AGGAUUAUGGGACACUAGCCGCCGUGAAGUUCUCUAGUAGGGCGCGGGUGCUAGCCCAGCCUGAUUGUUCGAGUCGCGAGAUUCUUUGCAGUUGGGGAGGGUGUGUGUGUGUGUGAGUGAAGCGAGAGAGCGAGCGAGCAGUGCGAGACCGGAAGCAGUUCGGUCUCAUGUCCGGGCUUCGGUCGCUGCCUGCGACUUAUCUCCGGGCCUAGCGACAACAUGGCGGACUUGUCUCUAGACGAGCUGAUCAGGAAACGGGGAGUCAACGUGAAUGCGAAGGGGAGACUGAACACCAGACCAAUAUUUGGAGGUAUGAGAUCUCGAAUUGGAGUCCAACAAACAUUUCUAAGCAGACCAGCAUCAAGUAUUGGUUUCCAGCGGACAUUUGAUGCACGGCAAAAAAUUGGCCUUACUGAUGCACGACACAAAAUUGGUGUGAAAGAUGCCCGGGAAAAACUGCUUCAGAAAGAUGCCAGAUUCAAAAUUAAAGGGAAAGUGCAAGAUGCCCGAGAAAUGCUGAAUUCCCGAAAACAACAAAGUGUCGAGAAGGUGACUAAAGUUGUUGAUGCCAGGGAGAAGAUCAGCUUGAAAAGGAAUGCUACUACUGCAGCUGUUGUUAACACUGCUGUAGAAACGGUGACCCCAGCCAUGAAGAUCACAAAAACAAUUCAACAGAAGGCUGCAACUCCAUCACACUCUCACCCUGCAGGUAUGAAGAUCAACGUUGUGAACAAUCACACACACAAACAGUGCCUGUAUGAUGUGGAAGAUGAUGAUGAAACUGCAUCUCCCCUUCCGAGCAAACAGAUGAAAAUCACCACCACAAACAGCUUUCUGCACAGUGCGGCUGGGCUAAGUGGCAAUAAGUUCUCUCUAUCCAAAACUGUUCCCCUCACAAAAGUGGUCCAAAAUGAUGCCUAUACAGCACCCCCAGCUCCACCUUCCCCCAUCCGGACAAAGGCCCUGACAAACAUGUCCCGGACCUUGGUGACCAAGGAAGAACCUCCUAAAGAGCCAGCACCAGUUGAGCUGGCCUUCAGCCCGUUAGAAGGUACCAAGAUGACUGUGAAUAAUUUGCACCCUCGAGUCACAGAGGAAGACAUUGUUGAGUUGUUCUGUGUGUGCGGGGCCCUGAAGCGAGCCCGUCUAGUACACCCUGGAAUGGCUGAAGUGGUGUUUGUGAAAAAGGAAGAUGCCAUCACAGCAUAUAAGAAAUACAACAACAGGUGCUUGGAUGGUCAGCCAAUGAAAUGCAACCUUCAUAUGAAUGGAAAUAUCAUCACAUCAGAUCAACCCAUCUUGCUUCGAUUGAGUGACACUCCCUCAGUGAAAAAGGAAAGUGAACCACGUCGGACGAGUGUAGGAGCCACCUCAAACCCACCAGCUGAGGUGGACCCGGAUACCAUCUUAAAGGCACUCUUCAAAUCUUCGGGGAUCUCCACCUCUGUGCAGCCUACAGAGUUCAAAAUCAAACUUUGAGGAGUGGAGGGCAAGAAGUGGACUGGGAAAUUUGUUAAACGUGGGAAAUAUGGAGAAGAGUGCGGGAACAUAACUCUUGUUGUGUUUGACCGUGCCGAAACCUUUUUUUUCUACAAUUGCUACCUUCCUGUACAGUAGUGUUCUCCCUAAUGUGUGUGUUCUGUUUUCAUAGUUGGAGUUUUUGUCCACAUAUUUCUAAUGGAAUAAUUUUCCUUUCCUCCAGUGACAUAUAUAUCGCCAAGACCAUGUAACUGCCCUCCAGUAGCCAGCCAGUAAAAGCACACUUAGCAAUGGGUGUGAUAAGCAUUUGUUUGGGGUUUGUAUCCUUUGAGUAAAAGAUGGUCUCUUUGCUUUUAACUGGUGAUAAACUACAUUUCAUUUUCAAUUAUGUCUGAGACUGAGAGAGGGUGUGAUGCUGGAUUCUCAUGCCUUUGAUAACAACUUUAGCUGAGUUCUGUUAAAAAAAAAUAGUAAAAGAAGCAGCAAAUGCUCUAGUCAUACAGCAGCUGAUAGAAUUGUGAAGACAGUGGAGGUAUGUAUAGAUCAGGCAUGCACAACUCCCCCCCCAGCUGUUUUUGGACUACAACUCCCAUAAUCCCCAGCCACAGUGGCCAAUAGCCAGGGAUUAUGGGAGUUGUAGGCCAACAUCUGCAGAAGGGCCAAAGUUGAGCAGGCCUGGUAUAGGUAGAGGAAAAUAGGAUGCCCUACACAUCAUCCUUUGCCAUUGCCAUGGUGGUCAUUUGUUAGUGCACUGAGAGAAAGAAAGAGACCUGAACACUGGUGCAGUCUUCAGUCCACUAAGAUGUUUCAUAGAUGUUUGUUCUUCAUGGGAAUGCAAGUCCCCCCACCCCCCAGGCACCAGUAAAGUGUUUAUGUUCACUUUAUCCUGUAUCAGUUUUCCUAGCCUCUUAUCUUUUUAUUAGGAAGAAAGAAAGUGCUUAUAAUUUCUUCACUUCAGUUUUAUAGGAAGGAGGAGGGCAAUCACCUCUUUUGUGUAAUAAAGGCAUAGUGUUGUAAAAGCACUACAUAAUGUAGAAGCCUUGAUCAGGUUCAUGCCUGCCUGGACCUUGCUGGAAGUGGCACCAGAACAACCUUCAGUAAUAAGCCUGCUAGAACUAUUUCAAUAAGGUUUCUGCUCAUAACUCCUAGACUACCACUACAGCAAGGAGGCUGUACUUCUUAUCUGUGAGGAAUCUUUCUUGGACAUGCUUCUCUUUGCUAGGAGACAGAAAGACACUCCCUCUAGUAUCACAUAAACCCAGUGAAAAUGGAGAACUGACAACAGUUCAGUCAGCUGUAUUAACUUUAAAUGAAAUCAAGAAAAGACUAUAAAAAGCUACUUCCAGCGUCUGGAUGGUGGCUUCAAUUUUUAUCCUUCCAGCUACAAAAUGUAACGAUUUCUGUUCUUCUGAGCUGAAAUCUUGUACUGUAAUAUUUUUUUUUUCCACUCUGGAGCCUGCUGCUCAGUGAAUUAAACCUUCCUCUUGCUCUUCAUUAUGUACAGUCCCUUAGUUUCAUCUAGCAAGUAUACACCAGUUAUCUCAUACCAUAACUCUCCAGGAUAUGGAAGGAGCAUUGUUUCCAAUGGGAUUUCCAAAUCUAAUUCACUCAUUUUCAGACUGAUUUUAAUUUCACCCUUACUGGAGAGUGGCUGCUUGUGAGCUACAGAUAUUUUGUGUGUGCAAAACUGCUAUUCCCUGUAACCAGACACCUGUGUCUCAUUAGGAAUGGUUGGUUAUGGGAAGGGAAAGUUGGGGCUGGAGGACACUAUGUAUUAUGUUUCUGAAUAAACAUUUGUUAUACAGAGA